AUGGAUACACUGAAGCAACGAGUUCUUGUCCCCGGCAAAGAGGGGCUGAAAAAUGUGGCCGGGAAGACCCUGGGGCACCUCCAGAGGGUGAUGGACAAGCGCCAUGGCACGGGAGAGGUUAUCGAGUUGACGGAAGAUGGAAGGCCCAAGGAGGUCCAAGAGAAGAGUCCACCUCUGUGCGACUGCACGUGCUUUGGGCUACCCCGCCGUUAUAUUAUCGCCAUCAUGAGCGGACUGGGGUUCUGCAUCUCUUUCGGUAUCCGCUGCAAUCUGGGCGUGGCCAUCGUGAGCAUGGUCAACAACAGCACCAUUCACCGGGAUGGCAAGAUUAUCGUCCUAGAGAAAGCGAAAUUUAACUGGGACCCGGAGACGGUGGGUAUGAUCCAUGGCUCAUUUUUCUGGGGCUACAUCGUCACGCAGAUUCCAGGAGGGUAUAUCUCAUCCCGUCUCGCGGCCAACAGAGUCUUUGGAGCGGCUAUUUUCUUCACAUCUGUUUUCAACAUGUUCAUCCCUUCCGCGGCCCGUGUGCACUACGGAUGUGUCAUGUUCGUGAGAAUUCUCCAGGGAUUGGUAGAGGGAGUGACCUACCCUGCAUGCCAUGGCAUCUGGAGUAAGUGGGCUCCACCUUUGGAGAGGAGUCGUCUGGCAACCACCUCCUUCUGUGGUUCCUAUGCGGGAGCGGUGAUCGCCAUGCCCCUGGCUGGGAUUUUAGUGCAGUACUCAGGCUGGUCCUCAGUCUUCUACAUCUAUGGCGUUUUUGGCAUUGUGUGGUACAUGUUCUGGAUCCUGGUGUCGUAUGAGAGCCCAGCUGACCACCCCACCAUCACCGCCGAGGAGCGAGCCUACAUUGAGGAGGCCAUCGGGGAGAGUGCCACCUUGAUGGGCCCCAUUGAUAAAUUCAAGACUCCGUGGAGGAAGUUCUUCACCUCCAUGCCUGUCUAUGCAAUCAUCGUGGCCAACUUCUGCCGUAGCUGGACCUUCUACCUGUUGCUCAUUAGCCAGCCCGCAUACUUCGAGGAGGUGUUUGGCUUCGAGAUCAGCAAGUUGGGCAUGAUCUCUGCGCUCCCUCACCUGGUGAUGACCAUCAUCGUGCCGAUCGGGGGACAGUUGGCGGACUUCCUGCGGAGGAAGAACCUCAUGUCCACCACCAACGUCAGGAAGAUCAUGAACUGCGGAGGCUUUGGUAUGGAGGCCACUCUACUGCUGGUCGUGGGCUUCUCCCACAGUAAAGGGGUGGCCAUCUCCUUCCUCGUGCUGGCGGUAGGCUUCAGCGGCUUCGCUAUAUCAGGGUUCAAUGUGAACCACCUGGAUAUAGCGCCCCGGUACGCCAGUAUCCUCAUGGGCAUCUCCAAUGGCGUGGGCACCCUGUCCGGCAUGGUGUGCCCCCUCAUCGUGGGUGCCAUGACUAAACAUAAGACUCGGGAGGAGUGGCAGUACGUCUUCCUGAUCGCGUCGCUGGUGCACUACGGCGGCGUGAUCUUCUACGGGAUCUUUGCGUCGGGCGAGAAGCAGCCGUGGGCCGACCCCGAGGAGACCAGCGACGAGAAGUGCGGCUUCAUCGACGAAGACGAGCUGGCCGAGGAGUCCGGCGACAUCACGCUCAGCCACAUGCCCGCGCCGGGAGGGGCCGCAGGAGGAGGCCUGGGAGGAGCCGGGGGCCCCGCCAAGAGCUACGGGGCCACCACGCAGGUCAACACCGGCUGGGUGCAGAGCUGGGACACCACGGAGGAGUACGUCCAGGAGGGGGCCGGCCAGCAGCAUCAUCACCAGCAGGACGAAGACUACUGA